AUGGCCGUCUUCGCGGCCUGCGCCGCGUUUCUCCUCCUCCUCGCCACCGCCGCCGGCCGCGAGCUCUCCGCGCUCCAACGCGGUCUCUACGGCCCCUCGCGCGCGCUCGGAUCCCGCGACGUGCCGCACUCGCUCAACGUGUCGACCUGCCCGGGAUACGCCCUCACCGCGCUCAGGGAGAGCGAGCACGGACUGACGGCCCAGCUCGACCUCGCCGGCCCCGCGUGCAACGCGUUCGGCACCGACUUUGCCAACCUGACCAUCAGCGUCACCUACGAGACGCAGACGAGACUGCACGUCUCCAUCGCGGACGCCAACCGCUCCAACUUUGUCGUCCCCGACUCCGUCCUCCCCCGCCCGCACGGCACGCACCCCAAACCCGCCUCCGACCUCGUCUUCCACUACCACCCGCGCCCCUUCGCCUUCUGGAUCACCCGCCGCUCCGCGCCCGCCCACGCCGCCCCGCUCUUCGACACCCGCCCUUCCUCCCUCCCCGCUACGCCCCUCCCGCCGUUCGUCGCGGGCGACAACAGCACCGCGCUCGACGGCUUCCCCCUCGUCUUCGAGGACCAGUACCUGCAACUUACCUCGGCAUUACCUAAAGGCACGAACAUUUACGGCCUCGGCGAGGUCGUCGCCUCCGCCGGCGUCCGGCGCGACGUCGGCGUCGACGCCGACGGCAACCCCACCCGCGGCACGGUCCAGACCAUGUGGGCGCGCGACAUCGCGGACCCGGUGGACGAGAACGAGUACGGGAUCCACCCGUUCUACAUCGAGCAGCGCUAUCCCGAUCCCUCCUCCUCCUCCUCCUCCUCCUCCUCGUCCCAAUCUGAGCGCGAGUCGAAAUCGGAAGCGCACGGCGUGUUCCUCGCCUCCGCCGCCGGCUCGGACGUCCUCCUCGCCACCCCGCCCGGCUCGCCCGUCUCCCUGAUCGAAUACCGCCUCCUCGGCGGCACCCUCGACUUCUACUUCCUCUCCGGCCCGGACCCCCUCUCCGUCGCCGAGCAGUACUCGGAGAUCGUCGGCACGCCGACGUGGCAGCCCUACUGGGCCUUCGGCUUCCACCUCUGCCGCUGGGGCUACGCGAGCGUGAACGAGACCAAAGAGCAGGUGGCGGCGAUGCGCGCGGCGGGGAUCCCGCUCGAGGUGAUGUGGAACGACAUCGACGUCUACCGCGCCUUCCGCGACUUCACGUCCGACCCCGUCUCCUUCCCUGGAGCGGAGAUGCGCGCCUUCGUACGGGAGCUGCACGCGGACCACCAGCGGUACGUCCCGAUCGUCGACGCCGCCGUGGCGCACGUCGUGAACAACGGCACGGACGUCUACGACCCGUACACCUCGGGCGCGGAGAGGGACGUGUUCGUCAAGAACCCGGACGGGAGCGCGUACGUGGGGCAGGUGUGGCCGGGCUAUACGGUGUUCCCGGACUGGUUCAGCGAGGAAGCGGCGGGCUGGUGGGCGGAGGCGCUCCGGAACUGGACGGACGGCGGGGUGACGUUCGACGGAUUGUGGCUCGACAUGAACGAGGCGAGCUCGUUCUGCGACGGAAGCUGCGGCACGGGCAUCGACAUUUCGAACACGAGCACGCCGUUCCUCCUCCCCGGCGUGCCCGGAAACCCGGUCUCGACCUACCCCGAAUGCUACGACGUCGACCGGUUCGGACCGAGCGGGAACAUCACCGUCAACGGCACCCUCACCUGCAACGCCACCUCGUCCUUCUCCGCCGCCCUCACCGAGCGCGCCGAUCUGGUGGAGAGGAAGAAGGAUGAGAAGAAGGAUGAGAAGAAGGAGAGGAAGAAGGAUGAGAAGAAGCGGAGGGGAUUGGGCGCGGGCGGGCAGCCCGACGUCGAGCUCAACGCGCCGCCGUACGCGAUCCACAACGGGAACGGCCGGCUGUCGCUCCACGCGCUCGCCACGAACGCGACGCACGCCGGCGGCUUCGUCGAGCUCGACACGCACAACCUCUGGGGCACGAUGGAGGCCAUCGCGUCGCACAAGGCGUUGCUCGACAUCCUUCCCGGAAAACGGCCGUUCAUCAUCAGCCGGUCGACGUUCGCCGGAGCCGGACGCUGGACGGGCCACUGGCUCGGCGAUAACUUUAGUUUGUGGAGUUAUAUGCGGUACGCGAUCCAGGGCGUGCUCCAGUUCCAGAUGUUCCAGGUGCCCAUGGUCGGCGCUGACACUUGCGGCUUCAACGGCAACACCGAUGAAGAGUUGUGCAACCGCUGGAUGCAGCUUUCUGCCUUCUUCCCCUUCUACAGGAACCACAACGAGCUCGGCGCGCUCUCGCAGGAGCCCUACCGCUGGGACAGCGUCGCCAACGCGUCGCGCACGGCCAUCGCCACCCGCUACGCCCUCCUCCCCUACUGGUAUUCGCUUUUCGCCAACGCGUCGACGCGCGGUACGCCGCCCGUGCGCCCGCUCGCGUUCGCCUUCCCGGACCAGCCCGCGCUCGCCGGCCUCUCGGACCAGUUCCUGGUCGGCCCGAACGUGCUCGUCACGCCCGUCCUCGAGCCGAACGCGACGUCCGUGACGGGCGUCUUCCCCGCCGGCGCCGUCUGGCGCGACUGGUACACCCACGAGCUUGUGAACAUGAACGUGAAUGGGGACGGGAACGGGACGGCGACGGCGACGCUGGACGCGCCGCUGGGGCAUAUCAACGUGCACGUGAGGGACGGCGCGGCGAUGUUGUUGCACGCCGAGCCGGGGUAUACGACGACCGAGACGCGCGAGGGCCCGUACGAGCUGUUGGUCGUGCUCACCGCGGACGGGCACGCGCAGGGAGAGGCGUACGUUGACGACGGGAUCAGCGUGCAGCCCACCCCGAGCAAGACCGUCAAGUUCGUGGCGUCGCACGGCAAGCUGACGGUCAAGCCCGAGGGCAAGUACGAGAUCGCGCCGAAGCUGACGCGGGUCACGAUCCUCGGCGCGCCGCACGCGUCGUCGGUCGAGGUCGGCGGGAAGAAGGCGGCGCACGUGUCGGUCGACGCCGGGCUGCAGAAGGUCGUCGUGAGCGGGUUGGAGCUCGACCUCAACCGGGCGCAGACGAUCACCUGGUCCUGA